UCCAAACAGGAGGCCGAGCCAAAGCCAGGUAACCAAGAAAAAACGAGACAGCGAGAAAAGGCUUCAGGGCUUGUUAUGGGGUUAGCGUGAGACGAACCAGGACUUUUUUUCUGCCUUCUUUACCAGUCAAACCAGUAACUCUGGAUAGAGAGUACACAAGUACUGCAACAGUUUUUACCCUUGUGGUCCCUGAUGGCUUCGCACAGUGAUACUCUGGUGGUGUUCUUUGGGGCAACAGCUGGUGCAAAUGGGGGUAAACUGGGGUCGGAUGAAAGGGAAUUAAUUCUCUUGGUGUGGCAAAUUGUGGAUCUACAUGAGAAUAAGGUGGGCGAGCUUCAGCGGACUCUAGUACAGCCGGACAGUGUGGAUCUGUCGGAGCAGUGCAAGGAAGAGACCGGGCUCACUGCGGAGGAGCUGUGCAAGGCCGAGCCACUGGAGAGCGUCCUGCAGCAGUUUCAUCAGUCGGUGUCAGCUGAACUGAAGUCUCUGGGCAGAAGCUCCUACACGCUGUGUGUGGACGGACCACUGCUUAUCCGACAGGUGCUGCACCCCGAAGCCUCGAAAAAGAAUCUAGUCCUGCCAGAGUGCUUCUACACAUUUGUGGACUUGAAGAAAGAGUUUCACAAAUGCUGCCCAAACGCAGGCCCCGUCAAAGAUCUCACUCUGACCUCCAUGCUGGACUACGUGUGCAUUCCAGCGGCAGUGGAGCAGGAGGCCGGACUGAGGGAGGUGAAGAACAUGGUUCUGCUAAUUCUACAUCUCCUGGUUGAGCCUUACAAUCACACAUUCUCCACUUUUGAGACUGUAAACUACAAGUUUGAAUCUGGAGCAUGCAGUAAGACAGAAGCUGUGGACAGCGAGACAGUCAUCAGAGCUCGUGGGUUGCCAUGGCAGUCGUCUGAUCAGGACAUCGCUCGCUUCUUCAAGGGCCUCAACAUUGCCAAAGGUGGCGUUGCACUGUGUUUAAAUGCUCAGGGCCGGAGGAACGGAGAAGCUCUGGUUCGCUUCAUAAACUCUGAGCACAGAGACAUGGCACUGGAUCGACAUAAACACCACAUGGGCAACAGAUACAUUGAAGUGUAUAAAGCGACUGGGGAGGAAUUUAUUAAGAUUGCAGGAGGGACGUCCAAUGAGGUAGCUCAGUUUCUUUCUAAGGAAAACCAAGUGAUAAUCCGAAUGCGUGGGCUUCCGUUCACUGCUACUCCUCAGGAUGUUCUGGGCUUCCUGGGCCCGGACAGCCCAGUGACUGAUGGGACGGAGGGGCUUCUGUUUGUGAAGUACCCAGACGGACGUCCCACAGGCGACGCGUUUGUUCUCUUUGCCUGUGAGGAAUAUGCCCAGAAUGCCCUGAAGAAGCACAAACAGAUCCUGGGCAAGAGAUACAUUGAGCUGUUCCGCAGUACUGCAGCUGAGGUCCAACAGGUUUUGAAUCGCUACAUGUCCACUCCCUUGAUCUCCACACUUCCUCCUCCUCCGGCUCCGAUGGUAUCUGUACCUGUGUUAGCCACGCCACCCUUCAUCACCACCGGCAGCAUGCGAGACUGCAUCAGGCUGAGAGGUCUGCCAUACACCGCCGCCAUCGAGGACAUCCUGGAGUUUAUGGGAGAACACACCAUUGAUAUCAAACCACAUGGGGUGCACAUGGUCCUUAAUCAACAGGGUCGACCCUCUGGUGAUGCCUUCAUUCAGAUGAAGUCAGCUGACCGUGCAUUUAUGGUGGCUCAGAAGUGCCACAAGAAGAUGAUGAAGGACCGUUACGUGGAGGUGUUCCAGUGCUCCACUGAGGAGAUGAGCUUUGUGCUGAUGGGGGGGACACUUAACCGCAGCGGCCUCUCGCCGCCUCCUUGCAAACUGCCCUGUCUCUCUCCACCAACAUAUGCUGCAUUUCCUGCGACUCCAGCUAUGCUUCCCACUGAGGCAGCGUUGUAUCAGCCCCCCCUGCUGGCCACUCCAAGAACUCCACAGGCCCCAACACAUAACCCUGCACAUGCUUUAGCCUACUACUCUCCACAGCUUUAUAUGAACAUGAACAUGAGCUACACCACCUACUACCCCAGUCCACCAGUCUCUCCCUCCACGUUGAGUUAUUUUGCGGCCCCGCCGGGUUCAGUAGCAGCAGCUUUGGCCGCCCAGCCAGCCCCUGCCAUCCUCCCCCCUCAGCCCGGGGCACUGGUGCGAAUGCAGGGUCUGCCGUACAACGCCGGGGUCAAAGACGUCCUCAGCUUCUUUCAGGGAUAUCAGCUCCAGGCGGACUCCGUGCUCAUGCUGUAUAACUGGAGUGGUCAGCGUAGUGGGGAGGCGCUGGUGACCUUUCCCUGUGAGAAAGCAGCCAGACGGGCUGUAGCCGAAUGUUCCAAUCUUCCCCUCUCCGGCCACCCCAUCCGCCUGGUCUGCUGCGAGUGACCACACACAGACCACUACACCCCUGAGGGAGGGCCGCACUUCACCUGUCUUACCCCUUUCUCCCUCAUUACCUGUCUUUUGACUAUCCAGACAGUUGUUCUUGAGACAAAGUAGGACGGGACCUGACACAGAAGCACUGUAUAUAUGUUUAUAUACACACAUUUAACCAUCUCCGUAGCACUGCCUCACUGUGUGUGUGUGUGUGUGUGUGUGUGUGUGUGUGUGUAUAUAUAUGUGUGUAUAUGUGCGUGCGUGUGUGUGUGAUUGAGAGAAAUUGAGAUCAGUGGCAUGCAUGCUAAACUCUUCCUGUGGCUUUUGAUGUCAAGAUCUCUUCUGUCCUGUUUCAAGACUUAAAGUAAACUUAUAAUAUUGCAAGCUAUCAGGUUAUGGAACAAGAGAUCUUCCUGCUUUUAUAAACACAGCUGGGCAGUCCAGUUAGGCUGCAGUCCUUGUCUUACACUAGGGAACCAAAGUGCAAUGCAAUACUACUUUGCUGUUCUGGAUAAAGGAAUGUUUGAAAUACAGUGAGAUUGUAAGAAUCCAAAUAUAUGCUUUAAGACUGUUAUGCUGCACAUAGGAUUAAAAAGGGCAUAAUGGUUUUUUCCAGUGUACCUCUGCACUGCUUGGACUUACAGCCUUCAGACUUAUUCCUUAUUUAACAGAGAUCAGACCAAGUAUGUACUCCAUAGACUUGCAUGAACUGAUUUUUAGUUUAAUCCAUUUGAAAAGUGAAAUUUUUUUAUUUAAAGUAAAAGAUGAGUUGUUUGUGAUCUACAUUCAUUAAUGCUCGUUCUUUAGAUGAAUUGCAUCGAUAGAGGUGUGUAUUCUGUUGCCCCCAGUCUGACCCUGUGAGAAUGUGCAGACUGAACUGUGCUGAGGUCUUACCUUGUUUUGGACUUUAUAAUGUUUUGGAAAUGCGGACUACGUCAGUUCUUUUCUACUGCUACCAGGCUGCUUGAAUCAUGAGCUUCAUUUUUUUUUUUGUCCCCAUGAUUACAUUACCUGGAGUGCAAUACAAGGCUGAACAAAAUGUCACAUCUCUCUAGUGAAAGAAGGGGCCUUUUUUCCCUGAAAUGUAUGGAAUGUUUAUGUAUGUGUGUAUAAAAUGUGACUCUUAGAUGCAACAAAUAAAUUGAUAUUGCUCUGA